AUGGGCAGCACAAGAGUGGCCUUGCCAGGGGGCGGAGGCAAUAGCUUUCUUCUGCUAUUGCCCCGUCCCCACGUUAACUGGUAUUCAGCCAGUUAAACUUGGGAAUUCUCUCCCUCAAUGAUAGUUUUGAAGGAGGGCCAGGGCAAUUCAUGGAGGAACUAUCCGCUGUACAUCAAGAGUAUCCCGACAGAAAAUGAGCUAAAGUUCCACUACACAGUCCACACGUCCCUUGAUGUUGUGGAUGAAAAAAUCUCUGCUAUGGGGAAAGCUCUUGUGGACCAAAGAGAGCUCUACCUGGGGCUGCUGUACCCAACUGAAGACUACAAAGUAUACGGCUAUGUGACCAAUUCCAAGGUGAAGUUUGUGAUGGUGGUAGAUUCUUCCAACACAGCACUCAGGGACAACGAAAUCCGCAGCAUGUUCAGGAAGCUGCACAAUUCCUUCACAGAUGUCAUGUGCAACCCCUUUUAUAAUCCUGGGGACCAAAUCCAAUCCAGGGCCUUUGACAACAUGGUGACGUCCAUGAUGGUGCAGGUUUGUUGAAGCUUCCGCCUCUUAUUCCAGCAGCUUUCGCCGAGACGACUGGCCCCUGUACAGAAUUGUUUCUUGUGUAUGUUCUGCCUUCUGAAAUCUUGCACUGUAAAAUAAACUCCUUCAAUAUGUC